UAUUAUACUUCUCACAAAAUUUUAUACCUCAUGUGCUACUGUAAUCUAACAAUUUUAAAAAAUCAAAAUCUUGUAUUUAUAGAAAAUUCACUAACUAAUUGAAUUCAGUCGAAAUCAAAUCUUUGUCGAAAGAUGUCUUCUCAAGACGUGCCAAAGACCUGCAAGGUCAUAUUAGCAGACACCAUUGCUAAGGGCCUCCUCGCUGAAGUGAAGGAGACAUUAAAAUCCAUCCAGAAAAAUCCCGAGACUCAACCAACACUCGUGGCGUUUCUAGCAAAUGAUGAUCCCGCAGCUGUCAAGUAUGCCGAGUGGUCAAAGAAGACUUGUGAAGAAAACGGCUUCACUUUCGACUUGCGCCAAGUAGACAAAGAUAAACUGGAAGAAGAGAUCGUAAGCGCCAAUGAGGACGACAAGGUUGAUGGUAUCAUCGUCUACUAUCCCAUAUUCCCUGGCAAUCCUGCCCAUGACCGUUACGUCCAGGAGACCGUGUCACUUGCCAAGGAUGUCGAGGGCCUUUGCCAUAAACACAUCUACAACAUGUAUUACAAUAUCAGGUUCUUGGAUCCUCCGCAAAACCUGAAGAAGUCUAUUCUCCCUUGCACCCCGCUAGCCGUGGUCAAGAUCCUAGAAUAUCUCCAAAUCUACAAUUCCAUCCUGCCUUAUGGAAACCGUCUCUUCGGGAGGACUAUCACCGUUAUCAACCGCUCGGAGGUUAACGGCCGGCCACUAGCUGCUCUUCUCGCUAAUGACGGCGCCACCGUAUAUUCCGUAGAUUUGACUGGAGUUCAGCUCUUCACUCGUGGCCAGGGUAUCAAGCAGCCGCGCCACCAAGUCCAGGAGAAGGAAGGAUGGGCGUUGGAGCAAUGCAUACCCAUUAGUGACGUUAUUAUCGGUGGCGUUCCCGUGGAGAGCUACAAGGUGCCAACGGAGCUUAUCCGUGAUGGAACUGUUUGCAUCAACUUUUCUUCCUACAGGAACUUCGAUGGCCCGGCUAUUAAGGAGAAGGCUUCGAUCUAUGUGCCUUCAGUUGGAAAAGUCACCAUCGCCGUGUUGCUGAGGAACUUAGUGCGCCUAAUUGCAAACCGCCCCUCAACCAACCAAGACGGUUCAGCCGACGAGAGCACACAGAAGGCUAAAAACGAAGCAUUUGUGCACGAGAUUUAAUUCUAGGGGUUGAAAUUUCUUUCCUAUCUCUGCACCUUAUACGAACAGACUGUUCAGUCUAUUUACCUGAGCAAUGGUAGAACACAAUGGGUUUCUGGCGUUAGAAAUGGGUAUUAAAAGUUUUCAAUCUAUUUAUACACUGAUAGUAGAUUAUACCGAUCAAUCAUUCCAUUGAAAUGACGAACCAUGUCGUUCGUUUACUUGCCUAUCUA